UGUUGCCCUCCUGGACAGACUCAAGGCAAUAUCACUACCUGAUCUCCUCACUCGCUCAUAACCAACAAGAUAUUUCAACACAGCAAACCAACUUCUACACAUCUUUCUCCCCAAACCAAAACACACCCGCCACAAUGCACGCCCCCACCGCCGCCGCCGCCCUCGUCGCCGCCCUCGCCGCGCCCCUCGCCGCCGCCACGGGCACGGGCUCGACCCCGGUCGCGCGCGUGCUAAACAAGUGCUCGUUCCCCGUGACCGUCUGGGCCGUCGGGUCCUCGGUGUCGCCCGGCUACACGCUCGGCGCGGGCGGCGGCACCUUCGCCGAGGGGUUCGCGCGCGACCCCCAGACGGGCGGGCGGGCGCUCAAGGUGACGCGCGCGCCCGACGGGCUCUUCAACGGCAGCCCGCAGCUCAUCUUCGCCUACAACCUGGACGCGCCAAACGUGUGGUAUGACCUCAGCAGCGUCUUCGGCAACGCGCUCCAGGGCAGCAACCUCGUCGUCGCGAGCGACGAGGCGUCCUGCCCCAAGAUCCAGUGGCCGCAGGGCAGCCCGCCCGCCGGCAGCCAGGUCAAGGUGUGCACGGCGUCGCGGAGCGUGACUCUGACGCUGUGCGCGUAAGGGGGACGGGUGGGAGAUAUAUAUAUGUGUGUGUGUGUGUGAGUGAGGUUGGAGUUGGUGUUUGGUAUUUGUGUUCACACGCUCCUUAACGAUGUUCUAUGAGAGAUGCCAGAUAAAAGGGGACGGCUGGCCUACACUUGGUACUUUUAACAGCUUAAACAUAAUGCAACGUCUUGCCCUCCAAGGCCUCCCAACACUGAACCACUUGCACCACGACUGGGUUUAAGGCCGGCGACGGAAUCCAAGAUGCAGGGUUAACAGAGCGCGGAGUUGGUAGUUGGUCGGUGGAUAUAGUGUAAAUUAGUAGCCGAGGGUGGCAUGAUACACAAGCAUGAGCAAAUGUAUGUGAGUGUCUUACUUCACUGUCGGACUUGCCCCGAUCAAAAACCAUGACCCCGCCGAAGAUCAUGCAUUCUGCCCAAUAUCCGACAGGGCCCGCUUUGCCCGGUGGUGUUUCAGCACCG